AUGGACGGGGAGAAGAAGACGCGACAGAAGAUGCUCGUCUCGUUCGCCGGCGAGCCGAACGAGAAGAACGCGCAAGAGAGAGGUUUAGGCAGCGACUGGAAGGAAAGGUGGAAGGCGGAAGGGAAGAAGUUAAUGCAGUGGUGUCAACUGUUUUUGGAAGAUCAGGAGGAACUUUUGUUAAAGCUGUUGAAAGAGAAGGUGGUGACGAAAGAAACCGCGAAGGCUGGGAUAUUGGUUGAUUUGAUGUGUAAAGAGGAGAACGCGUUGCAGACGUUUAAGAGGAAGCCGCCGUGUUCGGACAAGGCGGACAGCGUGAUUGAUUUGCCAAUCGGUGCGCCGGUCCCGCAACCAACGAAAGCAAGUAGCACAGAAAAAAGAAAAGGUGGUGGUAAGAAGACGACCCCGAGGAAUCCGGUGAAGAGCAAAGGAGGGAAUAGUGAGUUGUGA